AUGAAGUACGUGCUGGUCUCUGGAGGUGUGGUGAGCGGCGUGGGCAAGGGUAUCAUCGCUUCGUCGGCGGGGCUGUUGCUCAAAACGAUUGGCCUCAAAGUCACGGCUAUCAAGAUCGACCCGUACAUCAAUGUCGACGCCGGCACCAUGAACCCCAAAGAGCACGGAGAGUGCUUUGUGCUCAAAGACGGCGGAGAGUCUGAUCUGGAUCUUGGAAACUACGAGCGCUAUCUGGGCCUUGACCUUACCAGAGACAACAACAUCACCACGGGCAAGAUAUACAAGCAUGUCAUUGAAAGGGAGCGCCGCGGCGACUACCUGGGCCGCACCGUCCAGGUCGUUCCCCACGUCACCUCUGCCAUCAUCGACCACAUCGAGCGCGUCUCCAAGAUCCCCGUUGACGGGUCCGACUCGGAGCCGGACGUGUGCAUUGUCGAGUUGGGCGGCACCGUUGGCGAUAUCGAGAGCAUGCCUUUCGUCGAGGCCCUCACUCAGCUCCAGCACAAGGCCGGCAAGGGCAACUUCAUCAACAUCCUCGUCUCAUACAUCCCCAUUGUCAACGGGGAACAAAAGACGAAACCCACCCAAUACGCCGUUAAGAGUGUCCGUAGUGCUGGCCUCAUCCCUGACUUGAUUGCGUGCCGCUGCGAGCGACCCCUGGAAAAGGUCACCAUGGGCAAGAUUGCCCAGAGCUGCCAGGUCGAGGUCGAGCAGGUCGUGGCUGUCCGCGAUAUGCCCACCAUCUACCAGGUCCCCAUCUUGCUGGAGCAACAGGGCCUUCUCGAGCUCCUGCGCCACGCACUGGUCCUCGACAAGGUGUCGCUGACGCCGGCCCUGGUGACCAAGGGCGCAGAAGUCUGGAAGAAGUGGAACACAAUCAUUCCGCAGGAGCACUCGGAGAAGAUUGACAUCGCCCUGGUGGGCAAGUACGUUGAACUCCCUGACGCCUACCUAUCCGUCGUCAAGUCCCUAGAGCACUCGACGAUGCGGUGCGGUCGAAAACUAAACCUAAUAUGGGUCGAUUCUGAGCAGCUGGAAGACAAGACGCAGCACAGCGACCCCGUCGGCUUCUACAAGGCGUGGCACCAGGUCUCCACCGCCGCCGGCAUCCUGGUCCCCGGCGGCUUUGGCCAGCGCGGCACCGAGGGCAUGAUCAAGGCGGCCCAGUAUGCUCGUGAGCGCAAGAGGCCCUUCCUGGGCAUCUGUCUUGGCAUGCAGAUUGCCGUGAUCGAGUACGCGAGGCACGUCUGCGGCAAGGCCAAGGCCACGUCGGAGGAGUUUGAUGCCCAGGCCGAACACCGCGUCAUCAUCUUUAUGCCCGAAGGUUCCAAAGACACCAUGGGCGGCACGAUGCGCCUCGGCUCGCGGGCGACGCACUUCCAGCCCGGCAGCGACCACAGCAAGCUCCGGGCGCUGUACGGCGAAGCCACCGUCAUCGAGGAGCGCCACCGCCAUCGCUACGAGGUGAACCCCGACUACGUCGACGAGCUCGAAGCGGCCGGCAUGACGUUUGUCGGCAAGGACGACUCGGGCAACCGCAUGGAGGUGUUUGAACUCCACGACCACCCGUGGUUCGUCGGCGUGCAGUACCACCCCGAGUACCUGAGCCGCGUCCUCGACCCCUCGCGCCCCUACCUGGGCUUCGUCGCCGCCGCCGCCGGCUGCCUGGCCAAGGUGACGCAGGACGCCCUCAAGGAGAAGACGCUGGUUGUCAACGGGGCCCUGGACGGUACCAAGUUUUGA